CGAUAGGGAUGGAGGGUCCAGGCCUGAGCUUGUUUCAAGGCUCAGAAAGUAUUCGGCUAAACACAAGUACACAAGGCUUAGAGGAGGAUGAAGAACAAGAAGACAUCAAACGACGAAAUAAAGAGAUCACGGAUCUCUUGACCAAUGCGUUUGACGAUUUAGAGGAUGACAAUGACACUAGUUCCAUUAACAGUAGUCAUUAUCAGGAUAGCACUAAAGGAGCAGAAGUGUUUAAUGUAGCGUUAAACACUUCUGAACAAAGAAUUACAACGCCUAAAGAUGUCUCGACGACGAUGUCUCAACUGCAGAAGGAAUUUGGUGUUUAUAAUCGUAUUGAGAAUAACCAUGAUGAUGUUAUGACAAAUCAUCGGUCAGAACUAGAAACCGUGCCUUCGAUGUCUGAUAUGCAGAGGGAUUACAACAUUUAUGGUCAGACAGAGACACCAUAUUCCAAGAGCAAUAGCAAUAAUGAUACUGUUGACACGCCAUACGAACUACCAAGACUGCCGAACUCUGCGUUCGCCAGAGAUUUGCGAGUUCAAGUCGACGAAGAAUACACGUUUAAUGAAAAUUAUCCGUACAAUUAUCAAACACCUUCGAACCAUUAUGAUGUUCAAAGUAAAAAUUACUCGAACAAUGGUUACAUCGAUGGAUACGAGAACAAUGUACAGAGUAAACAAGUUCACGAGUUUGGUGGUGGUGAUAAUGUUACGUCCGAUCAUGUGAAUCAUUGUUACAAAACAAGUCCGAACGGCAGAUCGAGAGAUGAUAACAUUGCGUAUAAAACAGCGGAAUACGAUAGCAAGGAGCAGUUGGAGGUGUUGUAUACAGUCAGAUUGAGAGAAAUUAAAAGAUUGUCAGAAGAGUUGCAACAAUUGCAGUUAGAAAAGGAAGAAGAGAAAAGUCAAUUGAGUAGGAAGAUAGCACUUUUGCAGGCAGAAAUUGAACGUGCGAACAUAUCUAGAAAUCAAACUCAGCAUGCUUUGGUUGACACGAAAGCUGAAAUCGCCGAUCUCCACAAUCAAAUAGCUUCGUUGAAAGAAAAGAACUCUGUACUAGAGAAAACAAAUCAAAACAUGACAGAAGAAUUGAAUGUUGCCAGAGAUUCCGUAAUAGAGUUACAACAAAAGAUAGCCAUGCUGGAACGAGUGCAAGUUCUGCAAGCGAAUGAUAGAACGCAUGAGAAGUUCUUGAAACAAGCGCAGGAAAAACAUACGAUCGAAAUGAAAAAUAUGCAAACUCAAAUAGAUGUUCUCACAGAUAAACUUAACGCGAAGCUGCUCAAUGUGGAUUCCAACACUCAAUGUAUUUGGGAAGCAUCGUACGUCUCAUUGGAGAAUAAAUUGGCUGAUGUCCGAAGAGCGCACGAAACUCUUAUGGUGGAGAAAGGUGACACCAUGAAUCGUUUGGCGCAAGCAUUGGAAGAAAGUCAAGCGCAAUGCAGGAAUCUCAUGGCUACGAACAAUGCUCAACAGGUGAUGCAGUUUCAAGCGCAAGUUAAAAUACUAACACAAGAAAAGGAUGAAAUGCAAAAAAUAAUUCAAGACCUACAGAAUAAGUUAGAAAUAACAAAAAAUGAUGUAGCGCAAUUUGAUUCAUUAUUGACAACGACAUUGGAAGAAGAAUCUGAUUCCAUCCGACAGAUGAAACUGGGAGAUCUUCAUAAUAAAUCGAGAUCGAAACCUUGCGAUGAUAUCACAAGUAAAUUAAGAGGAGAAUUGCAAAGAUGUUUGGCUUGGCAAGCUGUAAAAAGGAAAGAAAUAACUCGAUUAGAGAAUACUUUGGCCCAAAAAGAGAAAGAACUCGAUAAAGCUUUAACUGUAACAGACACAUGUCGGCAGGAGGCCGCUCGGUACGCUAAGCGUGUCGAUGAAUUGGAACAUGAGUUAAAGUCUGUGCUUACGGAUCAAGCGUUGAAAGCGAAUGCUCAAAUACAAAAGUUGUCGCAUCAUCUUAACGAUGUGAAGAAGCAAUACGAAUCGUUGCGCGAGGAAAAAGUAGGAUUAGAACAAAAGUUAGAAGAAACAUUAGCAGUUAAUCAAGAGACUCUUAAGAAGUUACACCAAGAGAGCAUAAAUCAACAGGAAAAGGAGGCCAUUGACGAGUACAAUAAAGAAUAUUUAGAGAUACAUGCUAAGGCCGUUGAGAGAGUUAGACAAGAGGCACAAGUCGAAGUAGUGCAAUUAUCCGUGCAAUUAGAGCAAACGCAAAAGGAGUUGGACAGCGUCAAGGAAUUGUAUAUAGACGUCUGCAGUACAAAAGAACAAUUAAUAAGUGAACACAAGUCUGAAAUCAAAAUGUUGAAGGAGAAGUAUGCUAGUUUAGAUGAACGUGAAAAGGAUAUCGACAAAUACGAAAACGACUUGCGUGCACAAGUGAAAAUAAUCGAGAGAUUGACGGGGGAAUGUGAUACGUAUAGAAGUAAAGUAAUUGAGCUAGAAAAGGAUUUAAAUUGUGAGAGGAAGAAGAAGGAGGAAUAUACGAAGAAAAUUCACCAAGAAAUUGAAAGAGCUAAAGAGGAAGCUUUGAGUGAGUUACGUAACGCUCAUCCUAAUCAAGAAAUAAGCGUUCUCUUACCAGACCACUGCUCAGAACACUCAGAAAAAAUUAAUCAGUUAGAGCAAGAUUGCAAGCGUUUGGAAGAAAAAUUACACGCUGCGGUUGAGGAGCACAAAAAAAUAUCCGAAUAUCAAUCCGAAUUAGACGAUGCUAGAUUAAAGAUAGCGCAGAUGGAAAUAACUCAUGAGUCGUGGAAGAAGAAAUACGAUAACGCAAUCAGCGAAAGGAAUGAUCUUAUUGCUAAAAUUUCUAAACUCGAUUCUGAAUUAAUGAAUAUGAAACGAAAUUCAAAGAUCGAAGACUCGGACGAUGUUAAAUUAAAAGUUGCUCGAUAUCAAGUGGAAAAUGAGAGUUUGAAAACUAAAUACGAGAGUUUGAUAACCGAAAGAAACCUUUCCAAGGACAAAAUUUCGCAGUUAGAAGUAGAGUUGAUGGAAGCAAAGAAGAUCAUUGGGAGUUUCGAGAACAGGUUUAAAAUGAGCAGCGAGGUAUCGUUGAACUCGAAAUGCGAACUGGAGAAAGAACUUUCUCAUUACAAGGAUCUGGUGACACAAUUGAGCGGUAAGAUAAAUCAUUUGAAAGCGGGAAGGAAAAGCGAUAUUAUCAUGGAGCAGAGAAUCAAACAAUUAGAAAAGGAGUUACAAGGAAAGGAGGAGGAGCUCGAGAGGUUGAAAGAUUUUGAGAAAAUAAAGGGAGAAAGGGAUCAGCUUGUUUUGAAACUGAAGAACCAAGCCAAGCAAUUCGAGCAAUAUGUUAAAAAUCAGAAACAAGUGUCCGCCGAAUUGAACUUAUCACCGCGUAGCUCGAGCGAUGGUACAGAUUUUCAAAAGAUAAGAGAAAUUAUGAUAAAGGAGAUUCGUGAGGAAAUGGAACAGAAAGUGGUCGAAGAGCUACGAGGUAUAGAGGAGCAGCAUCGCGAGAAGAGAAAGGAAUUGGAGGAGAGGUAUAAAACGGUUUUGCUAGAACUGCAAACUAGAUGUAACGAAAAAACGCAGGAAAUGGAAACGUUGAAAGAAGCGCUGCUCACGGAAAAGGUAAAGAUUCAUUCAUCCUUUAAAGCGAAGGAGCAAUUUGUUAGUCAAGUGAUCGAAACGAAACUUGAAACGUACAACAAAGAAUUGGCAGCACGAAAGUUGAAAAUCGAACAGUUGCAGGAAGAGUUGAAACAGAAGGAGAGCGAUGUCGACGAAGAGAGAAACGUAAUGGCUCAGGUAAUGACUAAAUGGGCCGCAGAGAUUCGAGAGAUAAGAGAGAAAGAGGUCGAGAUGAACGAGAGAUUGCAACAAUUGAAGGAGAGUGAAGAGAAUUUAAAGGCAGAAAUAGAAGUGUUGAAAGAGAAGGAGAAAGAAAUGAAAUGUAACAUCGAUACGAUAAAACGUAAAUAUCAAUCGGCAAAGAAAACUGCAAACAAUUACAAGGAGUAUGCUGAAAACAAAGAGAAAUUUUUGUUAAGCGAAUGUAAACGUAUAGAGGAAGGUUACAAAAGGGCCAUGAAUCAAGUACAACAGAAACUUGAAGCGAUCGUUAGCACUCAGGAGGAACAAGUAGCGUCGAAGCUGAAAGAGCUUGAGUCUCAGUAUACCGAGAGGAUAGAACAAAUGCGACUUACACAGAAGUACAAAAGUAAAUGUUGAAGUAUCUAUUAAUAUUUUAGUAUGCAAUAUAGCUUUUGUAGUUUAAAAAGAAGAAGCGAAAAACCGUAGUUAGAAGAGGCUAGAUAUUUUAUAAUUUAAAGCACUUUAUUGUACAACACUUCAUUACAAGAUUUUAAUAUUAGGGACCAAGUUGAUAAGUUGAAAUCGACGUAUGUAUAUUGAUAGGAUUAAUGAAUUAAAUACUUGUUUGCUGCGCCGUAUUAACAGGAUGGCGAACACUAAUGAGUAAGUUAAAUACUAAAGUACAAUUCCGCCGGUUAAUUAACUGAUAGAGAGUACUAUAAUUAAUAACUAAAAUUUAUAUAGACAUUACUUAAAAUAAUGCGAAUCUGUAAAAAAAAAUUAAGAAGAGAAUCAUUUUUACAUAUAUAUUAACUUUGUUACACAUAUAAUCUAUAUCCGAAGUAUACAAUUCCCGUAAAAGUGAUAUACGAAUUCUUAGUCACAUGUUCUCUCCGCAGAACAUUAUGACAUAAUAUUUUAACUCAAGACUGGAUCUUCAUUAGAUCUUUUUUCUUACUAAAUAGUUAGUCUUUGCUAGAUUAAGGCAAAUUAGAUCGUUAUAGUAACUUCUGUUUGACUCAAAACGUUAAAGUAUGCCUCUGAGUAUUAAAGAAUUGUUCACGAUAUACAUAAUAUCCUAGGAGAAAUUAUAGAUAUAUUAGUAUUAAGGUUGUACAAAAUGAACAAUGAUUUUAUUACGAAAAUUCAUGUUAUAUAAUAUAAAUUUUACAUUCGCGCUCGAUCAACCGAGCUAAUUGUAUAAUCUACAUAUUGGACAUUGAAAUUGCAAAAAUUUAUAUGGAUUCGGCGUUUAAAACGUGAAAGUUGAAUGUGCAAAUUUUUAUGUUGGUUUUGUUUAAUAUUUAGGAUGUAAUACACAUGCAUACAUAUAUGGAAUAUUUUGUACAAAUUAGUGCAUGUAAAACAUUUUUGUAAAUGUAUUAAGAAGCCAUAAUUUGUUCUAAUCUUAUAAUUUAUAUAAUGUAAGACCAAGUACGAUGCGUCGCUGACGAGUAGAGUUCUGGAAGGUAUGCCAUUUGAUCGAGGAGAAGUAGAAUAAAAUAGAAACAAGACAAUUGGUGCGUGGAACCUAAACACUGAUGUUGGCACAAUCUCGCACGUGCGGUUUGUAUACUGAAAUCAGAUAAUGGGUUGUUAUCUUACCAUGUAAAUUUUGAGCGAGUGUUGAAGGUAGCGUGCGAGGAACAAUUCUUCCCUCUGUGCCGUCCCGUAACUCUUCUUAUGAGCGACCGACUGUAAACGUGUAAUACAUAUGUACUCUCGAUUAGCGAACUAUAGACUGCUGCGAUUAAAUUCGGUUUUAUAAAACUUUUACACCGAUUCAAAAGCAUGGAUAUCGAUAGAUGUGUUCUUUCCCAUUUAAAACGAAGGAGAACAUGUCUAAAAAACGAGCAAUAUAAUUGAAUUUCUAUAUUUCAGAAAGUUGUUGCAUGUUCAUCGAGACUCGUGACAAUUUAUCCCUAUAUUACAUAUUAAUUGUACAUUAUACAUUAUUACUUUUACUGGAUCAUUAUUAUUAUCUUCUUGAUAAUAAUGAUUCUUGAUAAUAGUAUAAUUAUCAAACCAUCACUGAAUAGAGAGUAUUAUUAAUAUUAGUUAUAUGUAUUUUUGUAUGUAGAGUGAAUUAAUUUAUUUUUUGUAAU